AUGUCUCACAGCUCAGAUCAGGAUGGAGAGGUUGCUUUGGAGAAGGGCCCAUCUCAAUCCGUAUGUCCGCAAGGACCCUACAACGCUUCUGAUGAGACCUACCCGGAAGGGGGGCUUCGUGCCUGGCUGGUGGUACUAGGGUCGUGGUGUGCAAUGGUGCCUUCUAUGGGCUUAUUAAACACCAUCUCCGUCCUGCACGCCUGGACAUCCACCCACCAGCUGUCGAAUUACUCUGAAUCCAGCGUCGGCUGGAUUUUUGGGGUUUUUAGCUUCUUUCUUUACUUUGCGGGCGCCCAAGUGGGCCCCAUCUUCGAUAGUCGUGGACCACUGCCAGUGGUCAUUCCAGGGUCCAUUGGCCUCAUAGUAGCAGUCUUCUGCUUCAGUGCCAGCACAGAAUACUACCAGAUCAUGCUCUCAUUCAGCGUCCUCGGCGGACUGUCGUCCUGCUUGCUCUUUACGCCUGCGAUUUCUGCCAUCGGCCAUUGGUUCAAUGUCCGUCGGGGUCUCGCCACUGGCAUCGCAUGCACAGCUGGCGGCCUAGGCGGCGUUUUCUUCCCACUGAUCAUCCUCUAUGUCGCGCCACAUCUGGGUUUCGCGUGGGCGCUACGCAUCAUCGGGAUCAUCUGCUUCGUGCUGUGCGGGCUAGCAUGCCUUCUCCUCAAGACCCGCCUCAAGCCCGAUCCGAGUCGCCACAUGGGCAUCGACAUCCACGCCCUCCGCGAACCCAACUACGCGCUCACGACCCUGGCCGUAUGGCUGGUAGAGUUUGCGGUGUUCGUCCCGUACACCUAUCUGUGCUCCUACGGCCUCUCCGCUAACCUCGGCGAAUCCAUGGCCUACAAGCUCUGCGUAUUCCUCAACGUGGGCGCCAUCCCCGGCCGUGCCUUUCCCGGGUUGCUGGCCGACCGGAUAGGCCGGUUCAACGUCAUGGCCUUGACGGCGCUGGUCUGCGGCAUCAUCACAUUAUCUCUCUGGUAUAAAGCCGGCACCAGCGAGGCCGCGAUCAUCGCGUAUUCGGUCUUGUUUGGGUUCUGGAGCGGGGCCGCCAUCAGCCUAACCCCGGUGUGUAUCGCGCAGGUCUGCCGGACCGAGGACAUUGGAAAGAGGAAUGGAACGACGUUCACCCUCGUCAGCUUUGGGACCCUCACCGCCAUCCCGAUUGCCGGGGCGAUCCAGGAGAGCAACGGCGGGAGCUUUUGGGGAUUGAUCAUCUUCGGGGGCGUGCUGUAUCUGGCGGCGUGUGCGGCGUUUGUGGUUGCUAGAGGGGUGGCGGGUGGCUGGGCGUUGAGGAUAAAAUUCUAA